AUGGGGAAGGUGGCCAAGCGUCUGGGCAUCGGCGUCAAGGGCAGCGUCCGCGUGAAGCUGCACCGCGAGAGCUACGCCGCGGGCGACGUCGUGCAAGGCCAACUGGUGCUGCGUGUGACUCGGCCCAUGGAGUGCGGAGCGUUCUCAAUGCACGUGCUGGGCGCGGAGACCAUCACGUGGUCGGAAGGCGCCAACCACGCGCUCUCAAGCUGCAACAUGCGCGGCGCGUUCCUGAGCGACCGGAUCCAACUCGUGGAGUCCAUGCCCAGCGCCUUUGAGCCCGGCGAAUACAGGUUCCGCUUCCGCUACCACUUGGACGACGCCCUGCCGCCCGUGUUCCGGGUAGCGGAGGGCUUCGCCGGGGCCAUGCGCGAGGUGAACGCCAGCGUCGCGUACACGAUCAAGGCGCGUUUGAGCGUGCUGGGCAAACUGGCGGCAGACCUCGAGACCUCGCUCGACCUUGCAGUGCACCGACCGUCGCUGUGUCACCCCGUGCGCUCGCUGCAGCAAUCGUCGUCGGACGAGGUGCGCUUGCUGAGCCUGAUGAAGUCCAGAGGCGCCUGCGAAGUCUCGGCGUGCUUGGACAGCGACGUCCACAUCUCCGGCUCGACGCUGUCGGUGCAGGCGCGCAUCAGCAACUACUCGACGCGAGAUAUGCAGACCAUCUCGGUGCUGCUCUACGAGGACUUGACUGUCCAGCUGCCCAACCGCCGACCGAGCACGGGCACGCGCGUCGUGUGCACACAAGAUUUCCCCGGCGUGGCUGCGGGUCAGCUGCUGGACGAGAUGCUGUACUUGCCGCUUAUUGACGAUGUGAGCGGCCGGCCCGUGGCCCCCACCAACAGCGCCGCGUUCGUGCGAUGGCAGUACCGACUCGAGGUCAAGUGUCGCUUCAUGCUCAGCAAGAGCGUCAAGGUGGAGAUGCCGGUGAUUAUUCUCCGCGACGUUGGGCCGGCUUUGGUGGAUGGAACUGCAGCAGCCUCGCCUGCGGUGGUGGUGGUUGUUCCUGAUGAACUGGAAGGCGGCGAGCAUCAGGUGGAGAGUAUGCCU